AUGAGCGUUGGAGUCACCCAGACCGUCAUGGACAAUGUCCAAGGGUCCUCAAACGGUGCAUACCCAGCCGACGACGUUUCGACCGAGUUGGAAGCGGCGCUGAAUUCCAUUGCGCUGGGAAACAAUGCAGCAGACCACGUCGAGCCGGAGAUCACACCUAUCCGAACCAGGAGCCCUCCCAUGACCCCGCGAAAGUCAAUCGCGAUGGACGGUCAUGGACCUGAGCCUACGGUAGACAGUGAGAGAGGCCGACAAGAUGUCAAGGGCAGUGUCAUUCUGUCCACAACGGCGGCCAAGAGGAAGAAGAAAAGGCACAAUAAGGCGAAAGCCGCUCAAGCAUUCAAUACUGUCCGAGGCUUCACUCCGGUUGACUCGGGCGCGGAAGAUUCUGAUACUUCACACACCAGCCCACGAGUCCUGUCACCCAACCCUCGCCUACGCCCACUCGCCGGCGCUAGCCCUGGGCUGCGACCGCAGUCACCUGGAAUCAGCAGUUUAAAAGCACAGCUCGAUGCUCUCAACUCUCACAGCCAAAGUCGCUCAACUUCGCGAGCGCGGAAUCAUCAGCUAGAUUCAGAGGCUACGAGCAGUGCAGCUAGCGCGGCUUCCGAUACCCAAGGCGACGAGCCUCAAGAAGAGAUGGUCAGCUACAACGUUCCCAUCGACCAGGACUUCGUCAGCCAGUCAUUGGCCGACACAGAACCGAGUGCCGCUUCUACUUUCGUCAUGCCCGCGGAUCAGCGUGCGACGACGAUGAUAGCCCGCAAGAUGACAGCCGCGGACUUCACGGCGAUCCGCUGCCUUGGUGAUGGGGCGUUUGGAACCGUACUUUUGGUACGACAGAAUGCCACCGGUCGACUGUUCGCCCAAAAGCAACUCACCAAAGCUUUUCUCAAGGUCCACAAGAAGCGGAUCGAAUCUACCAAAUCUGAGCGUAGCAUUCUGGAGUUGGUCAAUCGUCAUCCAUUUAUUGUCAACCUCUACUAUGCGUUUCAAGACCAUGAGAAGCUGUACCUGAUCCUUGAAUACGCCUCGGGGGGUGAGCUCUUUCGCCAUCUGGAACUAGAGAAGUUCUUUUCCGAAGAAGUGGCCGCCUUUUACGUUGCUGAGAUUGUCCUGGCCCUUGACUAUCUCCACAAUACAGUCGGCGUGAUCUACCGUGAUCUUAAGCCCGAAAACUGUCUGCUGGACGCUGAAGGCCAUCUUCUCUUGACCGACUUCGGCCUCAGCAAAGUGGCAGUCCAGGACGCAGAGACUCCAGGAGGCAGUCGUUGCAACAGCCUUGGGGUCGGGACUAUUGAAUACAUGGCACCCGAAAUCAUUCGCGGUUCGGAUGAAUCGGACUGGGGCCCUGGAUAUGGGAAAUCAUGUGACUGGUGGUCGUUAGGGGCCAUGGCAUGCGAUCUCAUGACGGGUAAGCCUCCCUUUGGAGGUGGGAACUGGACCAAGAUUCAACAAAACAUCCUGCACCAAAAGCUGAGUCUACCUUACUUCUUGUCCGCAGAUGCCAAGGAUCUCCUCACAAGAUUCUUGCGCAAGGAACCUAAGAAGCGACUGGGCGUUGGCCCCAACGACAUCACCAUCAUCAAGAAACAUCGAUUUUUCCGAAAGAUAGACUGGAAGAAAUUGGAAGCCCGGGAACUAGAGCCACCAAUCAGACCACUGGUCACUGAUCCCGAGCUGGCAGAGAACUUUUCGAGAGAGUUUACCGGUCGGUCGAUUGAGACGAUCACUCGACGCCACAGCAGAACCUUGAGCAAGUCAGAUCCGUUUGGUGGCUUCAGUUAUGUUGCCAGCCACAGCCUGCUUGAGGAGUCUAUGCUAUCCGAAUUAGAUGAAGCCAUCAUAGACGAAGACAUCUAG